AUGGGAACCGACGCUGCCCAACCUUUUGAGGACCUCUUCUUCUCGACUGAGAAAUUCAGAACUGGCAGUGUCACUGAGUAUUAUAAUGAGAUCAGCGGUGGCAAGAUCAGCCUCAACGGCGAGGUUAUCAGCCCACUACGUAUGCCAUGUGCGCUACCAGCCUACGCAAAUGGUAACAGCGGGAUGACCGACGAUACACCAAAUGCUCAGACCAUGACUGUAGGUGCACUGGAUGCUCUCAGAGGUCAAGUCAAUCUUGAUCAAUAUGACAAUGACCGUAAUGGGUAUGUUGAUGCCUUUAUUAUGGUGCACGCCGGACAGGGUGCUGAGCAAACGGUCAGUAAGGACGACAUUUGGUCCCUCAAAUGGACAAUACCAAAUGCUAUCCUUCUCAAUGAUACUAGCAUCUUUGCCUUUUUCACAACUCCAGAGGAUGCCACCAUCGGCGUGGCUGCUCAUGAACUGUGCCACCUCGUCUUCGGCUGGCCAGACCUAUACGACGUCGAUUAUAGCUCUGAAGGCGUGGGAAACUGGUGCCUCAUGGCUGGGGGUGUAUGGAGCGGUUUACCACCGGGCUUUAAGCCUUGUCAUCAUUCUGCUUGGUGCAAAUUGACUUAG